CUUUGCUGCUUCACACAUCUUCUCUAGACAUUAGAUGUCGAAAGUCCAGCUCUACGUCUACGAUCUCAGCAAUGGCCUUGCCAAACAAUUGUCCCGGCAGCUCACUGGGAGGCAGAUCGACGGAAUCUGGCAUACUUCGGUAGUUGUCUUUGGGAAGGAAGUAUUCUAUGGCCAGGGUAUCUUGAUCACAGCACCCGGCCAAUCUCAUCUUGGGAGGCCCCUGCAAGUAGUAGAUAUGGGAGAGACUGCCAUAGAUGAAGAGACUUUCGAUGAGUACCUCAACGAGAUUAGUAGUCACUAUACGGCAGACAAAUACCAUCUACUAGACUUCAAUUGCAACUCGUUCACCAACGAUUGCGUCGGGUUCCUUACGGGAGGAUCUAUACCGUCGUGGAUCAAAGAUCUUCCAUCCGACUUCCUCUCUACGCCCUUCGGAGCUGCUCUCCGCCCAACCAUAGACGCAAUGUUCCGUCGCCCUUUCCCGGGAGCGGCGCCCACACCGCCCCCAGCACCAAACGCCGCUGCACUCCAGCAAGCCGCGUCUGCGUCUCCGAAUCCUGCGCUGGCAUCUGCUCUACUGCAAGCCGUCGCGUCUCAAGCGCAAUCUACUGGUUCCCUCUCCGCUCCAACGUCUCUUCCUCGCGCUCCCGUCCCCGGCAGCUCAACGGUGGCCGCGCCUAUUCACAUCUGCACAAAUUCCUCUUCGCUGCACGGACUUUUGCAGUCUCAUCGCGCUGCGGUCGUGUACUUCACCUCAGCCACCUGUGGUCCGUGCAAGAUGAUCGAGCCUGUCUUCGAGGAGCUCGCGCAUCAGAAGACGCAUGGGGUUGAUGGCGCUCGUCUAGCGUUUGUGAAGGUGGACAUGGCGAUGGGUUCGGGAGGCCAGGCCGGCGCUGAAUGGGGCGUGCGGGUUACCCCUACGUUCUUGUUCUUCCUCGAGGGGAAGAAGCAGCACGAACUGAAGGGCGUGAACGCUCCCGAAUUGCGUACCCAGGUUGAUCUGCUUCUCUAUCAAGCCUUCCCUCCACAUCCUCAUACGAAGUUAUCACUCCCUGCUGUCGAGGCGCUCUCUAUGAACCCUAUUUUAUUCCAGCAGAUUCCUCCUUUAGACACCGUAUCGGCCAAGCUGGUUGCUUCCAUCGAUGCCGCGUCUUCAUCAGCAGACUUGCAGACUGCGAAACAAGCCAUUGUAAGCGCGGUUCUUCCUUACCUGAAGUCCCGGUUCCAAGAGAAGUCCGCGGAAGCGAAGAAACCAGCCAUCCCCGCUACGCCGCAAUUACUGACCAGCUUCACCACCGCGACCAAGAGCCUCGUGAACGCCCUCCCGCCUGUCCAGCUCUUCCCUCUAGUCGACAUGUGGCGGCUCGCUGUGGUCGAUGACUCCAUUGUCGCCAACUGGCUCGCUACGACGACAAAUCCCGACGCCCUACAGGCCCUGCUUGACAAAGCACUCGAAGCGCUUGACUCGUCCGACCCCGCGCAGAAGUCCUCAGGACGCAAUUAUAUCCUCACCGUCCUCCGCCUGCUCGCGAACGGCUUCGCACACCCGACGCUCUCCCGCGGGCUCCUCUCCCGUGCGCCGCCCGCGGGCAAGCGGCCGCAGGUGACGCGCAUUGUAGUGUCGACGCUCCUGCACGAGGACGCGGCGGUGCGGACGGCCGCGGCGAGCCUGACGUUCAACGUCGCGGCGGCGCUGCAGAAGAGCAGGGUCGAGAAGCUGAGGGGCCCGACCGCGGGUGCGGUGCCUGUGGCAGUGGAGGAGGACGAGGAGUGGGAAGCAGAGCUGGCGAGUGCGGUGUUGGAGGCGCUCUCGAACGAGGUCCAGAGCGAGGAAGUCGUCCAUCGACUGGUCGCCGCGCUUGCGUUCUUGCUGCGGCUGUCGCCGUCGUACGAAGGCCAGCUGGGGCCUCUGCUCGAGGUGCUGCAGGCGCGAGAUACCCUCAAGAGCAAGCUCGAGAAGGGCGGUCGCGGGGAGAACGGGGUGCAGAAGCCUGAGGUUCGGAAGCUGGUUGAGGAGGUGGCUACGAAGUUGUGUCCGUGAGCUUCAGACUGGACGUUGGAUGUCGUAUUGAGUAUGUAAGUUUCUUUAUUCAGCUUUUGCCAACGGCUGCGACGAAACCUCC